AUGGAGAAUGUCUACCAGGCCGUCUAUAGCCCCAAGCUUAAUAAGUCUCGGCACUGCAAGACAGAAAUCCUUAAGCUUACAAUCCAGACCCCACUGCGCGUGGAUCUCACUUACGACCUUCGCGACUUGUUCCAUAUUCCUGCGGGAACGCGCGAGUACUACCCGCCGGAGUGGAUCCUCUUCGGCUGCUACCACGGCCAGCCAGCCACCAUCUGGUCCCUGGGCAUCCUGCUCUAUCACCUGGUGUGCGGGCACCUUCCUUUCACAACGAGAGAGGACAUCGUUCGGGGCCAGCUCUUCUUCCCGCCCCGGGUGUCUCAAGAGUGCCAGCACCUCAUCAGGUGGUGUUUAUCUAUGGACCCUGCAGACAGGCCAUGCCUGGAAGACGUCCUAGAACAUUCUUGGCUGCAGAAGCCCCACCUGGCCCAGGAGACAGCAGAGAUCCAUCCCUCUGCACAGUAGGAUCCAGGAGCCCAGCAAGUACCAGCUGCUCGCGUCUUCGUGGCGCUCAGAGAAAUCUCCAGAGCGUUUCCCUGCGGCUGCGGCACGGAGCAGAGAGCGCGGCCCAGGAGAUGCUUCCGCGGGUCCCCGGCGAGUGGUGGAGGGAGCGGCUCAGGGCUCCCCGUCCUAUUGGAGAAGUCGUGGCACAGGGCGGUGAAGUUGCCACGGACUGG